UUGGUGCCACACACCCCCCAUAUUUGUGGGCUCUCCGCACCCCCUAACCCACCGUUCUCCCCGCAGAGCCGCCCUGUGCCCCACUGGUGCCGGGGGAUGCCGGGAUGCCGGUACCAGCGUGCCCGCAGCGCCCUGCCCUAAGCCCCGAGCCCGGCUGUGCCAUGGAGGAUCCGCCCGGCACCAGGACCGAGCCGUGGGCCGAGGGGCUCCAUAACGCCAACAACAACGCGUCCCCGGGGGGGUGGCCCGGUGCCCGCAGUGGGCACCCCCUGGCAGCUUUCGGGAGUCCCGGGGCCAAGCCCAGCUACCUGGACCGCGUGGUGCAGGAGAUCGUGGAGUCAGAGCGCACCUACGCCCGGGACCUGCGCAGCAUCGUGGAGGGUUACCUGGGCAAGAUCAUCGAUGCGGAGGAGCCAGUGCUGCGACCGGAGCAGGUCAGCGCGCUCUUCGGGAACAUCGAGGACAUCUACGAGCUCAGCAGCACCCUCCUGCAAAACCUGGAGAGCUGCGCCAAUGACCCCGUGGCUGUGGCCGUGUGCUUCGUCACCCGGAGCCAGGAAUUUGCCAUCUACACCCAGUACUGCAACAACUACCCCAGCUCGGUGGCAGCACUGACCGAGUGCAUGAGGAGCAAGGUCCAGGCACGGUUCCUGCGGGAAUGCCAGGAGCGUCUGCGCCACGCGCUGCCCCUCGGGGCCUACCUGCUUAAGCCUGUCCAGAGGAUCCUCAAGUACCACCUGCUGCUCCAGGAGAUCGCCAGGCACUUUGAGCACAAGGCAGGGGAUGACUACGAGCUGGUGCUGGAGGCCAUCGACACCAUGACCUGCGUGGCCUGGUACAUCAAUGACAUGAAGCGCAAGCACGAGCACGCCAUCCGCCAGCAGGAGAUCCAGUCACUGCUGCUGGGCUGGAAGGGGCCAGACCUGACGAGCUACGGGGAGCUGGUGCUGGAGGGCACAUUUCGGACACAGCGGGUGCGCCACGACCGUGCCCUCUUCCUCUUCGACAAGGCCCUGCUGAUCACCAAGCGCCGUGGGGACCACUAUGUCUACAAGAGCCACAUCCCGUGCUCGUCGCUGAUGCUGAUUGAGAGCACCAGGGACUCGCUGUGCUUCAGCCUGGCACACUACAAGCACGGCAAGCAGCAGCACAGCCUGCAGGCCAAGAGUGUGGAGGAGAAGCGCAUGUGGACUCACCACAUCAAGCGGCUGAUCCUGGAGAACCACCAUGCCACCAUCCCCCAAAAGGCUAAGGAAGCCAUCCUGGAGAUGGACCUGUUCUAUCCCCCACGCCUGCCCCGCUGCAGCCCUGAACGCCUGAAGAAGAGCUGGUCCUGCCAGCCCCUGGGUGACGCUGCCACCGAGCCACUCCAGGGACGCCGGCAGUCUGAGCCCUUCCAGCACCAGGGGCACACGGAGAUGCUGCUGGAGCGGCUGCAGGGACACGGGGGGCGCAGGCAGUCGGGUGUGGACAACGGACGGGAUCAGGGGGCUCAGGGUGCUGAGGAGUUGGGGGACAGGGGGGUGAUGCCACCGUCAUCUCCCCUCCCCCCAGAGCCCACCAAGCACAACCUGUGGCACCCGGGCGAGCAAGGGCUGAAGAACACCAGCAGCGACGGGGCACUCCUGGAAAUGGGGGAACCACACCAGCACCCCAGAGCCUGGGCAGCGGUUGAGAGCAUGGUGGCAGAGGAAGAGGAGGAGGAGGAAGAGGAGCCUUUGGGCAAGGACUGCCAGGAGGAGCUGCCAGGGUCCAGGGAUCUGCUGUUGGAGCCCCAGAAGGAGCAGGCUGGGGAACAACCAUGGGUGCUGGAGGGACCCAAGCGGCCGAGCAGCUGGGGGCCAGGGAGCUGUGAGAAGGUCAGUGCGACCCCCCGGCCCCCACCCGGGAGCGCCCAGGGACCCAGCACCCACACCCCUAACAGCAGUGCUGGGGAGCACCCCAAGGUCCCCAAAUCCCCGUCCCUGGUGGGGACCCUGGCGCUGCCCAGCGGGGACAGGGAACCGGAGCACGCUGCGGAGGAUUUGCAGGUGUUGAGCAGUGAGGAGGAGGAAGAGGAGGAGGGGGAAGGAGACGCCAGCAUCCUGCCACCCUCAGUGCUGGACCAGGCCAGCGUCAUCGCUGAGCGGUUCGGCGGUGGCAGCAGCUUGUCCCGAAGGAGCAGCCUGGCGCUGGAGGGGACCCUGGGACGCACCCCCAGCCAUGGUGGCAGCACCCUCAGCCUGGAUGGGGGCCCCCCGCUCGAAUCCGCGGAGCCCGGGGAGUCCCGCAGUGCCAUCCCCUCUCCCGAGCCCUUCAUCAGAGCCCGCCGGGAAUCGUUGCUCUCCAACCGGGACCGCCUGCUCCUCGACAAGAUCAAGAGCUACUACGGCCAUGCCGAGCACCGCGAUGCCGGCUUCGGGGUGCGCCGCCGCGAGAGCCUCUCCUUCAUCCCCAAGGGGCUGGUGCGGAGCUCCGUGUGCCGCCUCAAUGGGCUCCCGCGGCCCCCCGAGAGCCCUGAGCCCCCCACCCAGCCCGAGGCACCAGAGCUGUGCCAGGAGAACGGGGCGCAGCCCCCCGAGCCGCUGCUCAUCCUGGAGGAGGAUGAUGUGGGCACCGCGGUGUCACCCCAAGGGCCACCCCCGCAGCUGCUGCUGACACCCCCUCACCUGGGCACCAAGGUGUACCAGCUGGCACGGCAGUACAGCCUCCGCAUCAAGAGCCGCCGCGCCGGCACCCGCCGCCCCCCGCUGACGCCACAGGAGGACGGGGACCCCACCCCCAGCACCCCUUCGCUGGCUGUGCCGCAGGACGAGGCGCUGGUGGCAUCCCCGUCCCCACGCGGCCCCCGCAGCCCCUCGAGCCCUGUGGGUGCCGAACCCUUCACCUGGCCCGAUGUGCAGGAGCUCCGUGCCCGUUUCGGUGCCCCGCGGCCGCCGCUGGUGAGCCGCAGCCGCUCGGCGCCCGAGGGUCCCAGCCGCGGUGGGCGCCCGGCCGGGAAGGAGCGGGGCGGUGCCCGGAGCCGCAGCGCUGAGACCAACGGGGGCUCCAACACCCCGAGCCCGGCGCCAGCGCGGUACAGCAGUGACGGGGCGCUGUGGGUGGCUGCCGAAGCCCCUCUGGGCCCGGGGCAGCGGGUGCUGGUGCUGGAGCGGCUGCCGGAGCCCCCGGCCUACGUGCAGAUCCGCUCGCCCACCACGCGGGAGAAGAUCUGCCUGAAGGCGGUGGUGGAGCGCUGCAAAGCCUACCAGGCGUCCGAGGAGUACCGGCGGCGCUGCCCCGAGACCCCCGGCAGCCCCGAGCCGCUGCGCCACGGCCUCGUCAGGGACCUGCGGCAGAAGUUUCAGACCCUCGACGCUGCCAGCUAGGGGCAGGAACGGGUAGAACGGGUGUCCCGUGGACUCCAAGGGAAGGAGCACCCCAUGGACCCCCAACCUUCCUGGGAGAAGGGGCACCACAUGCAUCCUCAACCUUCCUGGGAGAAGGGGCACCAAAUGGACCUUCAACUUACCUGGAAGAAGGGGCACCCCAUGGCCCUCCAGGCUGUUUGGAAAAAGGAACCCUUUGGGAACUUCCAGUCUGCCCAGGAGAAGGGGCACCCCCAUGGAUCCUCAGCCCUCUUGAAAGAAGGAACACCCCAUGGACCCCCAGCUUGUCCAGGAGAAGGGGCACCCCAUGGACCCCGAUGUACCUGGAAGGAGGGGCCCCCCCAUGGCCCCCCAGCCCACAGGAAAAGGGUCACCCCAUGGACUCCCCGAACUCACCUGGCAGAAGGAGCACCCUGGGGACUCCCAACCUGCUCUGGACAAGGGACACCCCCGGUUCUCUCUGCCCACAGGACCUGGGGCACCACAAGAACCCACUACAAGUACCAGCAGCCCCUCAUGUUCCGCAGGCACCCAGCACUGCACCCCACUUGCUUUCACAUCUUUAUUAGAAAAAAAAACCCCAAACUGAA